CAUGAACGUUGAUGAUGAUGAUAGCUAGAAAGUUGUGAUUUUCACAGAUUAAGUAUUUCUGUUGCCGCUAUAACAAAUAUUAAAAAUUACAGAACCCUCGGUAGGCGAGUCCGACUCGCACUUUUCCGGUUUUUUGGCAAAUACCUACUCUGCUAAUAUAUUGAAAAUAUAUUCCGGCGAGCUGUUUACAAUCUCUGCUGUCUUCCUAAGUCUAUUAACGGUCUUUUUGGUCGUUUCUGAGAUAGACACCUCAUUUGGUCCAGAAUCCGGGACACAUGAAUCUUCACAUUCAUAUCACGUUUUAUUCUUCAUUUUCAUUCACUACCAAUUUUUUCAUAAUUUACGAGAUCAAAUCCUUUUAAUUAUUAAAUUUCAGAUUAAAACGCGUCGCAUGCCAGUGACUCAUUUUCCGAUAACCCAAACCUGUUUCAAGUAAUGUAAAUUAUGUAAAGCCUCAGAAACUUCGGGUAAUUACAUAAAACUUUCACGAGCCGCUUAUUUACCGGUAUCAUACUUUAAUAGUUUCUUAGGACUUAAACUUGUCAACUAUUCAUGACGUCUGAAUAAAAGAUGGCGGCCCCGAUCUGAAAAAUGUUGCCCCUAAUUUUCUUGGCAAAUACAUUAGUCACUUGCAGCCUUGCAUUUUAUACGAUAAUUACCCACGCACUAGCUUCAUUCUUGACGAUUGCUCAAUUAUUCAAUCGAUUUCUCGUCUUGCUCUUAUAUUUUACAAGUAGCUAGAUGUAAGUGGGACAGGUAUAGAUUCACGUGUAGCGCGCCAAGCUAAACGUCGGACCAUUCGGGCAGUCGCGACUCAGCCUUCGGAGAGAGCGGUCGCACGCGAUGCCGGCUCCGUCCGCGUUAAGAAAUGCUCUCACGCUUUCCAAACUUGAAAAUAAAUAUCAUCUCAAAGGCAAAUUGAAGAUGAGAUAAAAUAUUUUUACGGAUGUUAUUUAUUAUUUUCUGGCAAGGCCGCGAUUAAUCGAUAAACGUUUAAUUGCAACGCGAUUGCCCGCGCUAUCGCGUUUUCUAUAUAUUUUAUUCUAAGUGCCAAUUAAAAUAGUUUUGGUGGACAGUGUUUCGUGUGAGAGAUUGUUUAUAAUCCGUAUCUUCAUGGAAUAUGGGCAUCUGCUUAGAUACUGAACAAAACAAUGAAGACGUGGAGACAACUGGCGCUCACACGCGGCGCGAGAGCACCUGGGCGGGACGUGUCACUCCGCCCGCGGCAGCCUUCCCCAUGCAGAACUCCAGCCACGUCAAGUUCGAGCCACCGUCCGUCCCUGUUAUAUUCAUACUGGGCGGGCCGGGCAGCGGGAAGGUGACACAUUGCGACAACCUGAUGCAGGAGAGACGUGGCCUCGUCCACAUCAACAUGACAGAUCUCUUGCAGCAGUACGCCAUUGGAAAUGACAUGCAAGACUUCGGUACACUAUCCAGCAAGACGGUCACCGAGGUCCUGAUGCUGGAGAUGAAAAUGGCCCCAACAGCCAAAACUUAUCUGGUCUCCGGCUAUCCAAGGUCGAUGAGGGACGUCGCAGAGUACUCAGACAAGAUCCAGACAAUAAGCGGCGUAGUGCUAGUCAGUUGGCGCCAGCGGGUCCUGGAGCGCCAAAUCGAGUAUGGCGCCCGUCUCGGACACGUAGUGCUCAGCUUGGCGCGCAUGGAGCUCAAUAACUUCUAUAGAAACGUCAUGCCCGUGGCCGAGUACUUUGAUCAGAGCGGGAUGCUUAUAGCGGUAAACGGCGAGCGGAACCCUGAGGAGGUCUACAAGGACUUCCGCGCUGCCGUGCUCCAGAUCCUCGGCUCUGUCGAAGACCAGUCAACCAUGAACGGCGUAAGUGGCGUCGGCGUCGGCGCCGGCGGGAUUCCUGGCGAGAUCGUCGGCGUGGAGCCCGCGCCGCAGACGGGCAUGCGGGAGCGGGUGAGGGCGGAGGUGUUGCCCGUGAUGCCGGUCAAUGGUGAUGCGAGGAUCACCAGUCCGAAGAUGGGUACGCAACACGCACCAAUGCCCGCCCAGAGAGAGGAGCCCAGGCCUGAAGUUUUGCCCAUAACCCAUAUGGGAAACGGAGAUAUACCAAGAAUGGUUAGCCCUAAGGCUGAAGUGAUAAGAGUGAAAGGCGCGUCAACGACACCAGCUGUUUUGUGGGUGGUGGGUGGACCAGGGAGUAACAAAGCAGCGUUGUGCCAGCGAUGUGUGACACUGCGGCCAGGAUGGACGCACUUCAGCCUGGGCCAACGUCUCCGAUCCCUCGCCGACGCCGGCGGUGGACCAGCGUCCGACGGUGCACUAGCCCGCACCGCCAUCAGCGGCGGUGAGCUGGCUCCACGGGACCUGGUGACGCAGCUGGUCCGAACAGCUGUAGUAGAGGCUGGAAGAGGAACAGGGCUACUGCUGGAUGGUUAUCCAAGGGACUUAGAGCAGAUGGAGCAGUUUCAGAAGGAGUUCCGGGUGUCACCACGCAUGGUUCUCCUGGACUGCUCGAAGCUGCAGCUCGGGCGCGGGAGACGAGACGACUCCGUGGCGGCCUUCCGGCGGCGGCUGGAGGUGUUCAGGGAGCUCAGUCUGCCCAUGUUGAAGACCCUGGAUCAACAUCAUCGGCUUGUUAUCGUGGAUGGUGACACAGACUCGCCUGACGUACAAGCCGAGUUCACGAAAGUAGUUCAUGAAGAGAUGGAGAAAGCAGAGGUCAUAGCGACCAUGCCGCCGGAGCCGACGGAGAUGCCGCCUACGCCUAAAUCAGACAUGUCAUCAAUGCAACAGUUCACCCACGCCAUGUCACGAAUGGGCGGAGGCCUAGCCAAUGGCCUCGCUAACGGAGGCCUACGCAACGGGAACGUGGGCAACGGGACCAUUCCCAAUGGGAACGUGGGCAAUGGGUUCAUCGGGAUGGCCAAUAAUAAGGUAAAACCUAUAUUAAACACCGUAGCAAAAAUCCCAACUGUAUCCCAAAUGACCCACGAAGAGGUCAGAAGACUCUACGAACAGAGCUCAGGAGAGGUGAUGACUCUUAAUACACACAUGUAAUUCGAAAACAUAACCUGUCCUUUAGAGAGUUUAGAGCGCUUUCACACUGUCCGAUCCGAUAUCGGAUGUAUGAUCUGUGUAUAGUUCUUUUUUUUUAGCAUUAGAAAAAAGGCUAAGAAUCUUAACAAUGUAUUUUUAAUGAAAACCGCUUUUUAUUAAUCAGUAACUAUUACUUAUGAAAGCAAAAUAAUUUAAAAUAUCGUAUGUGAUUUAAAAUUGGUACAUAUUUGCAAUUACUUAUUUUUCAAAAGUGUUUUUCAAUAAAAAGACACGUCAAAAUCACUUCCCUCCUUUCUUCUAUUAAAAAAACGGAGUAUAGUCAGGCCGCGGGCCGUCUUUAGCGGUCACGCACACUAUAAAAAAACAUUAAGCCUACACAUACACACACCCAAACAAAUAUUAUCGGUCCGACAGCUGACGGGGGGCUCCGAUAUGGCCUAAUAAAUUAUCGCAAACGCAUUUCCGAUAUUGGAUUUCAAAAGGCGCCUAUGAGAAAAAUAGGAGAGUGCCCAUAAAUGCCAUAGCAUCAAGUCCGCCUAUUUCGCGUUAUUUACUCAUAGUUUUUUUUUUUGACAAUAAUAAUAAAUACAAAAAAAACAUAUGUCAUACAUUUAACUUCUAUCCGACAUCCGAUAUCGAAUCGGGCAAUGUGAAAACGCAAUUGGAAUAAUGAAGCCUAGAAGUUUAACUCCAUAGACACAAAAAUCCAUCAAAUUUAAUCUGCUAACACAAUUUAAUUAGAUUGGGUGAUAAAUUGUCCCAUCUGAACUGCCCUUAAAAAGAAAAAGUUAUUUAACACGUGGAUAACGCCAUCUAUCAUACAGCAGCAGAACGUUUUACUGGCUUUUCAAUAAAAAACUAAAAAUACGUAAACUCGCUUUCUAGGCUUUAUUAUUGUAAGCUCUAUCCCCACGCAGUAAGGUAUAUAAUACCAGUGCAGAACUCGCAAGAGGUGAAGUGCCGAAUAUGUAUAAGAUAUAAGAGUAUAAGUAAGAUAAAGGAUUUCUAAAGAUUUUACUAAAAAUAAGAUAAAUUAAGGAACCUAAGGUGUUAGUUUAAGUGGCAAACCUUGUUAUUUAUUUGUUAUUAUU